GCCCACCCGGAGUCGGCUGCGGCGAGGCGAGCCCCGCGCGAGUGCGCUGCGAGGCGGGCCGCAAGGAGGGAGGCGCGAAGAGGGCUCGAGGGUGGCCGCGGGAGGGAUCCGCCGCUCCUGCCCGCCCGGAUCCCUUGGGGCGCAUGAGGCUCCUCAAGCCGCGAUCGCGCGCGGGCCCCUCGCCCGGCUUUCUGUUGCCUUGAGAAGCCGCGCCGGGACACCACCAGACCCUUAGCUGCCGGGAGGAUGACCAUGGCCGGGGGCAGGAGAGGACUGGUGGCCCCGCAGAACACGUUUCUGGAGAAUAUUGUCCGGCGGUCCAAUGAUACUAAUUUCGUGUUGGGGAAUGCCCAGAUAGUGGACUGGCCUAUCGUGUACAGCAAUGACGGAUUUUGCAAGCUGUCUGGCUAUCACAGGGCAGAAGUGAUGCAGAAAAGCAGUACCUGCAGUUUUAUGUAUGGGGAGCUGACUGAUAAAGACACAAUUGAAAAGGUGCGGCAAACAUUUGAGAACUAUGAGAUGAAUUCCUUCGAAAUUUUGAUGUACAAGAAGAACAGGACACCUGUGUGGUUCUUUGUGAAAAUUGCUCCAAUUCGAAAUGAACAGGAUAAAGUGGUCUUAUUUCUUUGCACUUUCAGUGACAUAACAGCUUUCAAACAGCCAAUUGAGGAUGAUUCAUGUAAAGGCUGGGGGAAGUUUGCUCGGCUGACCAGAGCCCUGACGAGCAGCAGGGGCGUCCUGCAGCAGCUGGCCCCCAGCGUGCAAAAAGGCGAGAACGUGCACAAGCACUCCCGCCUGGCCGAGGUCCUGCAGCUGGGCUCAGACAUCCUCCCCCAGUACAAGCAAGAGGCACCAAAGACCCCCCCUCACAUCAUCUUACAUUACUGUGUUUUUAAAACCACGUGGGAUUGGAUCAUCUUGAUCUUAACCUUCUACACAGCCAUCUUGGUCCCUUACAACGUCUCCUUUAAAACCAGGCAGAACAAUGUGGCCUGGCUGGUAGUGGACAGCAUCGUGGACGUCAUCUUUUUGGUGGACAUUGUGCUGAAUUUUCACACCACCUUUGUUGGACCAGCUGGGGAGGUGAUUUCCGACCCCAAACUCAUCCGCAUGAACUACCUGAAGACGUGGUUUGUGAUUGACCUUCUGUCCUGUUUGCCAUAUGAUGUCAUCAACGCCUUUGAGAACGUGGAUGAGGUUAGUGCCUUUAUGGGUGAUCCAGGGAAGAUUGGUUUUGCUGAUGAGAUUCCACCACCCCUGGAGGGGAGAGAGAGUCAGGGCAUCAGCAGCCUGUUCAGCUCCCUGAAAGUCGUCCGGCUGCUCCGCCUGGGGCGAGUGGCCCGUAAACUGGACCACUACAUUGAAUACGGAGCUGCUGUGCUGGUCCUGCUGGUGUGUGUGUUCGGGCUGGCUGCUCACUGGAUGGCCUGCAUUUGGUACAGCAUCGGGGACUAUGAGAUCUUCGAUGAGGACACCAAGACCAUCCGCAACAACAGCUGGCUCUACCAGCUGGCCAUGGACAUUGGCACCCCUUACCAGUUUAAUGGGUCUGGCUCAGGGAAGUGGGAAGGUGGUCCCAGCAAGAAUUCUGUCUACAUCUCCUCGUUGUAUUUCACCAUGACCAGCCUCACCAGCGUGGGCUUUGGAAACAUCGCCCCAUCCACAGACAUCGAGAAGAUCUUUGCAGUGGCUAUCAUGAUGAUUGGCUCACUUCUUUAUGCCACCAUCUUCGGGAAUGUGACAACCAUCUUCCAACAGAUGUACGCCAACACCAACAGGUACCACGAGAUGCUCAACAGCGUUCGAGACUUCCUGAAGCUCUACCAGGUGCCAAAGGGCUUGAGUGAGCGAGUCAUGGAUUAUAUCGUGUCCACCUGGUCCAUGUCCAGAGGCAUUGACACUGAGAAGGUCCUGCAGAUCUGCCCCAAGGACAUGAGAGCUGACAUCUGCGUGCACCUGAACCGCAAGGUGUUCAAGGAGCACCCGGCUUUCCGGCUGGCCAGCGACGGCUGCCUGCGGGCGCUGGCCAUGGAGUUCCAGACGGUGCACUGUGCCCCAGGGGACCUCAUCUACCAUGCGGGAGAGAGUGUGGACAACCUCUGCUUUGUGGUCUCCGGCUCCCUGGAGGUGAUUCAGGACGAUGAGGUGGUGGCCAUCCUAGGGAAGGGAGACGUGUUUGGAGAUGUGUUCUGGAAGGAGGCCACCCUCGCCCAGUCCUGCGCCAACGUCAGGGCCUUGACCUACUGCGACCUGCACGUGAUCAAGCGGGACGCCCUGCAGAAGGUGCUGGAGUUCUACACAGCCUUCUCCCACUCCUUCUCCCGGAACCUCAUUCUCACCUACAACCUGAGGAAGCGGAUCGUGUUCCGGAAGAUCAGCGACGUGAAGCGGGAGGAGGAAGAGCGCAUGAAACGGAAGAAUGAGGCCCCCCUGAUCUUGCCGCCAGACCACCCUGUCCGGAGGCUCUUCCAGCGGUUCCGGCAGCAGAAGGAGGCCAGGCUGGCGGCCGAGAGGGGCGGCCGGGACCUGGACGACCUGGAUGUGGAGAAGGGCAGCGUCCUCGCGGAGCACGCCUCCGCCAACCACAGCCUGGCGAAGGCCAGCGUGGUCACCGUGCGCGAGAGCCCCGCCACGCCCGUGCCCUUCCCCGCGGCCUGCCCCGCGGGGCUGGGCGUGUCGGACCACGCCAAGCUGCACGCGCCCGGCUCUGAGUGCCAGGGCGCCAAGGCGGGCGACUGCGCCAAGCGCAAGGGCUGGGCCCGCUUCAAAGAUGCGUGCGGGAAGGGCGAGGACUGGAACAAGGUGUCCAAGGCCGAGUCCAUGGAGACGCUCCCCGAGAGGACCAAGGCAUCAGGGGAGGCCACGCUGAAGAAGACGGAUUCGUGCGACAGCGGCAUCACCAAGAGCGACCUGCGCCUGGACAACGUCAGUGAGGCCAGGAGCCCCCAGGACCGCAGCCCCGUCCUGGCAGAGGUCAAGCACUCCUUCUACCCCAUCCCGGAGCAGACGCUGCAGGCCACCCUGCUGGAGGUGAAACACGAGCUGAAGGAGGACAUCAAGGCCCUGAACGCCAAAAUGACAAACAUCGAGAAGCAGCUCUCCGAGAUUCUCAGGAUAUUAACUUCCAGAAGAUCCUCUCAGUCUCCGCAGGAGCUGUUUGAGCUAUCCAGGCCCCAGUCCCCGGAAUCAGAGAGAGAUGUCUUUGGAGCGAGCUGAGAGGCCCGUUCAUAGACGGAAACCCGCCACCCCACCCAGGCAACACCCCACCACACACACCUACAUGACCAACCACCUUCCGAGUAGGCUUUUCCUGACAGAAGCCCGAGUGGGACCAGUUGCUUAGGCUCACGCUCUCUCUCUGGAAGCCGUGGGAAGCGAGUGUGCAGCCCCCGCCGAUGCCAGCGGCCACGGAACUGCCUCUGCACAGUCUCGCAAGAGGGGGCAUGCUGUCUACGGGUGUUUCCCUUCAUUUUUAAUUUUUUACUGCCAUGAUAUUUGUAAAAGAUGAAAACUAUCAGGAAAGAGCAGCAGCCAUUUGGAUAUUGGUGGGGGAGCACCCAGAACCCCUCACGUAUAUACCAUGCUGGGCUCCUUUGCCAAGGCCCCCAAAGACGGAGAUGGGCCCAGGGAUUUCCUAGCAUUCCCUGUCCUUGUACAGCCUUCGUCUGACCUCACCGUAUAUUUUCCUACAGUCGUCAUUUGUAACAAGCUCGGGACAAGGGGAGCCUGAGGGACAGGGAGGGCAGAGCCUUUCAACUUCUGGCUCCGGUGGCUAAAGCCGGAAAGCAGCCGAGGUGCUGUGGGUGCCUCCCAUAGACGCUGAGGGCCCGGAACCCUCGGGUCUCCUUUCCCCAAAGACGUGAGCCACGUGCAAGAGCUGGAGAGGGGCCCUUGGGAUCCGGAGAUUCUCCGCAGCUCGCUCUACGGGAUGGCAUCGUGCCACUGGCCUCAUCACACAGGCCCCUCUGCUUCUUUUCCUUCCCAGCCUCUCCAGCCUCUCCCCACGUGCUCCGGUGGCAAUCCUCAGGGUAGGGGGCAUCGACAGGAAGGGCAAUGAGCCCGGAGUUGCUUCCUUAGCAAAGCAGACACACACACACACACACACACACACAACCUCAGAAAAAUGAUUGUAGCAAGUGCUAUGUUUAUAACUCUCGAUGGGGUCGCCCUUCAGAAGUUUGUAUUUUGUUCACAGCAUGCAGUCCCUAUAGGACAUGUGGGAGCCAGGCUUGGCCUUAUUUUAAAACUCAUCUCUUUACCUCCUACUAACGUCAGUAGGACUUCAAGAGAAACCGUGACAAAUCACAGGGUCAUGAUUGUAUGUGCUCGCUUCAGGAGCUGGAAAAAGAGAGGGAGGCACUGGGUUUUCCAGCUGUCUGGUAACCUGAUGGGGAGCAGUUAUGGUCCAGGGGGAGGGUCCAAGCUCAGAACCGUGAUCAUGGGGUAGCCUCUGCCACAGUGCUGGGGAUGCCUCUUCUGACCCAGGGUUUGGUCAUCUGUGUGCUCGGGUGUCUUUCAAUGGUGCCUGAGGAAAGAUCAGAGGUCUCUCCUAAGCGAGGCGGAGCUCACCCAGGUGUACGCCUGCAGAGAGGAAUCAGACUCUUAAAAGUUGACAAGACCUGAAGGUUGAAAGCUCAGUUCUAAGAACUCUGCUUUGAGAGAGUGCAGUUAGGGGUGCAGAUGGUCUGGACCGCAGCGACAGCAGGGAACCGUCCCGGCACUGACCUUGUACACGUGUUAUGCUGCAGCAGCCCCACCCUGACCACCUCUGCCUGGCGCUCAUUGCUUUGCUGCAGAGUCUGGACCUAGUGCUGAUUUCCCUCGUUCUGAGGGGGACCUGACAGGUUGGGACCUUUCCUACCAAAGAUAUUCAGUGUUUCGGAAAGCCUGCUGUCUGGGCCCACCCCCCCCCCCCCCACCUGCUCAGUGGCCAUGGCAGGACCCAGGACUUGGCCCUCCCUUGUCUGUGUGGAGUGGGACUGUCAUCUCCUGGCUCUCGGGGUUGGUCCUGGGGAGCAAAGUCUGGAGGCCGAGGCCAGGUGCCUUCCCCUGAGGCCCUGCACACCCUUGUAGCCUCCCACUUGGGGUGGCCCCAGACUACCUAAGGCUGAGAAAUGGUUAGACUUAGCCCCAGAUGGAAGCAAACAAGGAAGGGGAAGUGAAAUUUCCUGAGGCUGAGGCGUGAUUGUGAUUUUGGAUAAAGCCAUGGGCCUUCCCUGUCUUUAUCUUGAGAAGCUGCCAACUAGUCCUUAGGCAGGGGCUAUAAAAUAUCUAGAAUCCCAUCUACCAGCUUCCCCUCGAGUCUGCCUUCCUUAAACGUGCUCCUUCACUGACUUCCAAAGUUUUGAACCUGCUACAUUUAAAACAGAGCAAGCAAGGGCCCUAAUGACUCUCCGGUCCAGCUUCAGAAGCUCCCGCCCAGCUCCCCGGGGACUUGAUGACAGGCUCUGCCCCCGCCCCCCAGCACCCUGCAGGCCAGUGUGGCCAGGCCCGUCCACUUCCCUUCGUCUCUGCCUGAGGGGCACAGGUGUCUAUUCAGAAAUGAACCCCCGUCUGGGUUUGAGGGGCACAGACACUGAUGCGUGAGGCACUGAAGUCCAGACUUGUUGGGUCGAGAGGCAGAGGAUAAAGCUUCACAAAUAUUCUCCUACAACUGACUCUUAGGAUCCAAACUGGGCUUGACCGGAAGCCUGGAUCUGUUCCUCUCGAGGUCACAGGGCCCAUGACACGUGCUUGUGUGAGUGACAGUGUGGCUAGACGUGCUUUUGUCCUCUAUCUAAGGAUUUUAGGGACUUUUGCUGUAACUGUAUUCUCUGGGAAAAAGAAACAUUUUUUAAAUGAGCCAAACCUUCUCUUCUUUCAUUUUCAUGCUUUGGGCUAACUGCCUAUUCUUGCCUAAAUGCUGCUCUGGGCUCCUGAGCAAAGACUGUGAGCUUCAGACCCCACCCACUGAGCCUGCCACUGGAAGCUGGCCAUGCAGUGCUCUCCAGCAAGCACGUGCACCGACCGAUAGACAGCAGGGGUGCCAGGGUGAUACCUUUGAAUUACAGUAUUGAAUUCUUCAGCAAACCUAUGAGGACCUUCAGUUACCACAGGGAAAUCUACUAUGGCUCUAAGUUCUGCUUCAGUCCAUAGGGUGUAAGAAAUUAAUGUGUUUAGUGGUAUCCUCCAAAGACCUAAUACAAGGGAGCAUUUUAACAGGCUUAGUGGGUAAGGUUUUAGCACUAGAGGAGAAGGGACAUUCUGCUAAAGGAAGGGGUUAGAAUGGGGCAAAGGUAGCUGUGGAGGAGGUAGAGCAAAGGGGCUGGGCUGUGCUGCCAAGGAAGCGGCUUCAAAUGCUUUUAAACCUUUUUUUAGUUAUUUUCUUCAUUUAAUUUAUCUGUAGUAUUGUGUGGAGGCAAUUUUAGAAUCCUGACUGUUUAGAAGCCUCUAGGUACCAAUGAAAAUCGUUUUCUCAUUUAGAUUCUUUAGUUCAAUUACUGUGAUCUUCUAAUUUACUCCGGAGAAAAGUUUAGGGGUAUUGCGAAGUCCUCAUAAUGACCACUGAUCACCUUUAGUAAGGUUGGCCUGUUGUGCCAAAAAUGCACACAAAGCAAAAAUACACUUUUUUAACAUAAAGCCAGCUGGAGUCCCUGAAGGAGGGCCACCCUUUGAGCAUUUAGGUGACUGGGAAUAAACCCCAUUUAUUUUCUUGAGAGCCAAAAAAAAUUCCUAAAUAGUCUGAAGGGGG